AGGCAGGAAGGCAGUAGUGAGGGUUCCCAGUUCCAGCAAGGGGAGGUGCGCUGUGUGCGUGGGUGCAGUUGCAGAGGGAGAAUACGCCGGAGGGUAAGCUGGUGCCUCCUCCACGAAGGGACUCUGGAAAAAACACUCAUUUGGGAAACCUUAAAUAAAAAGGAAGUUACUCUUAAGACCAGUUGUCUGGGAUCGGAAACCAGAAAUGGAAAGUCACCAGGACCGCAAGGGCCUCCUUUCCCCUUUCUCUGCCAAGACGUCGGGAACCACGGGAGGCUUCCGAGCAAGGUACCGAUGGCAGCGAGCUGUGAUUAUCAAAAAGAGAUUCUGGUGGCUGUGGGUAUUGGAAUGCAGAUGGGAAAAACUUCGGUUCAAACAAGAAGAUCGGGACCUGAAUGUAUCCAGGAACUGCGGUCAGAAUUUAAAUGAAUAUGUUGAAGCAUUAAUUACCCUGAAGCAAAAAAUUAUCAAUACAGAUAAUUUGUUGACAGAAUAUCAGAAGAAAUGUGAUGAGCUGCAGUUUGCAAGAAGAGAGAAUAUUACUCUGCAUCACCAAGUGGAACAGAUGCUUCAAAAAAUUUCUCCUCUGCAGAAGUGUCAGGAAGAACUGGGAUCUUUAAAAGCAGAGUUAGAAGAGAAAAAGAGUUCUCUGAAGUUGUAUCAGGAUACUCAUCAGGAAUAUGCUCGUGUGAAAGAAGAAUGCUUGAAAACUGAUGCUCAGAAGAAGAAACUAGAAGCCAAGGUGAAGAAGCUGGAAGAGGCUGCUGUCAAGCAAACUCAGGACUUCAAGCAACUAAGGAAUGAAAAGAAGAUACUUGAAAAGGAAUUUAGGAAGACACAGGAAAAGCUUGAUGAAUUUUCUAAACAGAAAAAUGAAAAGGAGUUGAGACAUAUUGGAACACAAAUUUCAAGUGAUUCUUAUGGAAGCAUCGAUAAAAGAAAAGUAAAACUGCUUCUGAAGGAACUCUGGCUCUGUAUAAACACAACACACAGACUACCUGGUGAAGGCAGCAGAUGUGUCCCAGAAAAACCUGCCGAAGAAAACCCCAGAUCCUCAGAGUCCAGGGAAGAUGGUGUGCCCCGUCCAGCAGGGGGCAGCCCUCUCAGGACCUCGGCCGUGCAGACGUGCCUGGCAGAGCUGUCCAUGGAGAUAGAGGGUGACUUCUCUGCGUGUGAGGACGCGGGGAGAGAGAGGCCGGGUGGAGCAGCUUGCCGUGACGAUGGUGUCUUUAAAGAGGACCGGAAUCCUGAGGCUGUAACGCAGAAGAAUGAGGAUGAGCGUGCUGACGUUUCUGAUCAUGACCAUUCUUUUGACGAAGAUCUUCAGGCUGCCGUCGACUUCUUCAAGCUGCCCCCUCCUCUUCUGUCCCCGGUGCCCUCACCCCCUCUGCUGUCGUCCCCACACCUGGGUGCAUUUCCCUCCUCACUCUCACCUGAAAUCUACUUUGGAGAGUGUACAGAUUCCAGUGAUCAUGACUCGGCCCAACGUAGGAAUUCUGAGCCUGUUUCAGAAGAUGAUACACCUGAAUUGCUGGAUUGUUUUAGCUCGUCUGGAAAAAGUAAAGGAACUGGGACAUGGGAGGAAAAGCUGCAACCGCACGAAGCCACCCAAGCUCUAAAUACAUUGGAAGUCAGUGAGGUGACAGCGGUUGGGUUUGGGACAUUUACAGCAAACCUGAGAGAACCUGCAGCCACGUUCCCCUCCGCUCAUGAGAAACACUGGACGCUGUCAUCUGAGUUCGUGAGCAAGGGAGAAGAAGGCGUUUUGGAUGAGGCAGGAAGACAAAGAGAGGUUCGGGAGAUGGAUGGGUCAGUGCAGACGGAGAAGACACGUCCUAAACCCACGGGCAGCGGGCGUGUUGAGAAGCUGUCGAGCAGCCUGGCUCUAGAGGAGGGCAUGGCCCUCGGGACGUCAGACUCGUGUCAUCCUCCCCUGGGCCCGUGGCCAUCGAAUGAGCCCAGCACGCCUGAAGGAAAAACCCUGGUGUCCAGAGUGAUAGGAUCCCCCAAAUUAGAGGCGGCCAAGUGGACACUGACUGGUGGAGUCACUUCGGCAUCAGGUCGUCUGUCCACUUCUGGUCAUUUUCAGGCACUGUCUGGAGAAAUGGAGAAAGAAAGAGAAGCGGCGCGAGGGCUCCUUUCGGGAGACCCCUCUGCCCCAGGGGCAGCAGGGGCGGCGCUGGUUGCUGCAGCGCUCAGUCUGCGCGAGGCGUUGUCUUCCCCCGUGGCCUCGGGAGCCUCAUCUCUCUGCGGUCACCCCCGGUCUCCCUCUGGGUUGGAGGAUGACGCUGAGACAUCUGUUCCUACUGAAGUAGGCCCUCCCGAACUGCAUCGUUUGGAGCAGGCAUCACAAGCUGCCACGUUCACCAUGGUAGAUGUACAUUCUGAGCCCCCGGAGUGUUCCGUAGGAGAAGGCCAACUGGAGAACAGCUUACGUGCUCUGAGCCCAGUGUCGGGGGCUUCUGAUUCUCACGGUCAGAGGGGCAGCGAGGUGGGGUGUACGACCCUGGUGAGGGGCAUGAACGAUAUCUGCUCGCUCCUGCAGUCGGGAUUCUUGGGAGCCGCCCAGGGCGGGCUGGGUGAGAGGCAAGGUCCGAGGGUCGAGCUCACGCCGAGUCGGUCAGAUUUCACGUCGGCGGCAGGGCCUCAGUCUGGCUUGAUCAGGAGUGGCUUUGGCUUUGGUAAAAGCACUUCGUGGCACCACAGUGAUCUGUUACGGCGAAGGGGCGAAGAAAGGCUGGGACCUCAACCUGAACGUGAACAGGAGGCGGCGGCGUCCUCAGAAAGUAGAGGAUCAGCGUCCAAGCCCGAAGGUGCUGGAGAGGAUAACAGUCCUGCGGGGUUCAGGGCACCUGCGUCCUUGUUGCCUAACCAGGUGUCCGUUAUCACCAAGCAGGCACGGCCUGAAGCCAUGCAGGACGCACGAUGGCAACCCUCGAGACUGUCUAGGAGGGAGCCCCCCUUAGUGACAGACGUUGAUAAUGGGGCUGGUCGGACGCCAUCUGGAGCAAGAUGUGGGGAGAGAGCGCACACAGCACCGAGAAGCAGGGAGGCGGCUGCUACAGAGAGCGCUGCCCCGGGACUUUCCUCCCCCUGGAGAAAAUCAGACUUUGAUUCUCCAGGGGGUUCUUUACCAGUAGAAAGUUCCCAUUAUCCCACAGGUAGUACAUUAUCUUUCUCUUCUGACAGCAUCCUGGUCGCAAACCAAGACGUUGUGACGGAAGCCGCAGUGCAGGAAGAGGUGCAGAAGCAGAGCCUGUGUCUUCCCGCCACAAACGUGGACACGUCCGGGCUGGAUGUGGAAGAACUUCCCGGCAGGGAGGUGACGCCGUCAAGAGGUUUUCCUGUUGGAGACACAGUCAGAGCCUCUGGGGAGGCCCUGGCCGUUACAGAGGACCCGUCUGUUGUACAGCACGGCCCAAAAGAGUGUCCGCAGCUGCUGUCUCACACUCCUGGGGGUGCUUCUCCUGAAGCUCUAGACACCACGGAGACUGCCUUUUCACCAGUGUUGGGCAGCAGAGAUGAGGAGAAACAUGCUGUCCCGCGGAGCAGCCUCCCUGGUGCCCUGUACUGCUACACGGGCAUCCGUGAGGCAGGUGGAGGCGACACGGAGGUAGAAGAGGGUGACGCGCCGAGCUGCAGCGAGGGAGAGAACGAUCCCGAAGCCGGGCUGGAGGACGGCCUGCAGAGUGCUGGCGGGGCCUCCGGAAGAGGCGUGGGGGCUGCCAGCGCCGGUGCGGCCGAGACCAGACCUUCCGUCGAGGUGGGGCGCCUGACCUCGGCUCUGCGGGACUGUAGCCUCAGCGCGCUCUCCGAGACAGACGGACUUUCCACGUCCGAGGUCGUGAUGUUUCUUGAAAGUUGUCAGUUAAGAGAUUAUAGUUCAGGGGACUCUGUUUCAGACUGUUCUAGCAAAGGAACCCUAAAUAAAGGGAUGAACAAGGAAUCCAAGCAAAGUGAACCCUCAGGAGAAAAGUGCAGAAAGCAGCUGUGUGAAGAGGAAACACUAGAAACCUCUGAGGAGUGCGUCGGCUCCUCGGAGGAAGAGGACUGCCCGUUAAGGAGCAUGGGGCAGCUUGCACAGUGCUCCUUGGAGACGCUGCCCGGGGUGCUCACCAGGAUCCGCCAGGAGCUGCAGGCCGGCCGGGAGGACGCUGCUGGGAAGGAUGCUGGUGAGUCACAGCUCUUAAGUGCACCUGACAGCGUGACGGCGGAGCGUGAGGAAGAGCAAGUUCUGCCUCUGGAAGCAGCCGGCUCCUCUUCACCCACGCCGACGGCCGGCGCGGACGCUCGGGGCCGUCCUCCCAGUAGCGGGGGCCCUGACCGUGGGAACACGCAGGGCAGAGCUGAGGGUCACGGGGACGCGAGCAGGCCGGUGGAUGCUAAGGAAGAGGUCUCGUCAGAGCCCCCGGAGCCCUCGCCCCUGUGCGCUGCCCCGGGAGUGGGUUCGGGGGAAGUGGCGUUUCAGUGUCAGAUCUCUACAGUGACCUCCGAGGUUAUAAACGUGCUGGUAAAUAAGGAUCAGAAUCUAGUCAUUGAGAAAGGGGACAACUGGACCAUCAUCAACGGGGUAGCUCUCAUGCCAGACGUGGACCAGGUUAUCCUGUGUGACGCCCCUGAAGACGCCCCUGUUUCCCCGGAUCCAGAAGGGCUGGCAGCUGGUUUCAUUCCACUUCCUUCCGUGGAGAAGUCCCCAGAGACGGGUCACCCUGGCCCUCCUUCUCAGGAGCCCCAGUGUGGCAGUAGUGUGGCCGGAACCCAGAGCGAUAUUUCAAGCAGCGGUCAGAGUACUAACUUUGAUAAAAGCCGUUUGCGGAAUAGACCCGUUAAACCCAGCGUGAGGAUUAGCUCUGAGAUUUACGAUCAGAACUUUGAGACUCAGACUGUUCCUUCUGAUCACACUUAUUAUAAUUCGAAACUAGAGCCACUGAGCAAAAAUAAGAAUCGAUCAAAGAUUUCAAACAGAGAUCAAACAAACAAACCCGUAAAGCUGUUAGCGUCGAGCAGAGCGGAGACUACUCAGAGUGAAGUUUCUCCGUCAUUUUCCGGAGAAAGAGGGAACGGAAAAACUCAGAGAAGUCAAACGCAGACCAUCCUAGCCAGCGCCGACACGUCCACUCCUGCAGACUGCUGUGCGGACACGCUGAGUAAGAUCCGGCAGGAGGUGGGCCCCCCCCUGCCCCCGCUGCUGGCUCCUCUGAUAGCCACGCCUCCGAGGACUUCACAGCCAGCCUCUCCGCCGACGUCAAGUUCCAGCCCCUCCUCACCCGUCUCUCCCGGCGGCCCUGUCUCUCCACCAUGUGCGAUCCCGGUGUCGCCUAUGGUGUCCCCCUUGCUGGAGGAGCCGGGGCACUCCUCUCCUCCACACGCGUCCCCGUCCCCGUCCACCGCCCCGGCCAGUGACAGGGUCUUGUCAUCUCCUUUGCAGUUUUGUGCUGCGACCCCAAAGCACGCCGUCCCCGUGCCCGGCCGCCUGCCCCCGUUUGCCUCUGCCCAUCCGGCGGUGGCAGCGCCCCAGGAGAAUUCCGUGAAGAUCCUGGACACCAUGUACCCAGAGCUGUCCGCCAGGGCCCGCACCCUCAGCAUCCUCAAAGGGAACAUCCAGCUCACGCGAGGCCCGCCGGCCGACUCCAAGAACCUACCGGGGCCCGCCAGCGCCAUCAGGGGCUUCAAAGCCAUCACUUCAAGCUCAACCGCCUUUGUGAAAGCAGGGGGCAGCUCUGGUGGUGACUGCAAGCAGGAUAAGUCGAGAGAUCUGGGGCCUCCGCAGGAUUCAGGUGGGAAAAGGGCACUGUCAGCGGCUACACCGAGGAGCGCCAAGAGGUUGCGCCUGGACAGCGGGUCCCCGGAGCCAGAGCCCCCCUCAGAGGGCGUCAGCAGGAGCCCCCAAAGGAACCCCUCCCAGGCUGCAGCUGUGAGGACAGAGGAGGAGGGGCGUCGUCUUCCGGCCGUCGGUACAGUCUCACAGUCACCCCUGAGCGCCAAGGAAACCGUGGAGUCCUACGACGGAGCCGUAGCGGAGGCCCUGAAGAAGAUCGCAGAGUCGUCCUUUGACCUGUUACCUGUCAUUCGUAGUCAUGUGUAUGUGGGAAACAUCUCCAAAAAGCCUGUGAUGCGAGAUCAAGAGAAGGAAGUUGUUUAUGAAUUUAGCACAACAAAAAAGCCUUUAGCAGAGUGCUUGCUUCGCUCUAUUCUCUCAGAACUGAAAAUUCAGAAGAUGUCUGUGGAGCACAAUUACAUCCACGCCCUCUGCAGAGUGUAUGUGGGUAUUUGUCGGCAGCUGGGAGACUUGGAAAGAGCUCGCUUGUUUUGCUACAGCCUACUUAAGGAAGAUUUUCCAGAGUCUGAAAAAUUGACUUUGUUCAUUGCAAACAUGUGGCAUGAUAUAUUUAUCUCUCAAUCGGUGAUUAACAAGGCAAUGCAGUUGGUAGCCAGGCAACGCGCUAAAGGAGAAGUUUUGAACUGUUUGCGAGCUUUCCUCAAUUGGGAGAAGAAUGCUCCUGCAGAUGUUGGCUUCAUGGUUUCUAAGCUGCUUUUGACCAUACAGUUAUGUCCAAAAACAGAAUUUCAGUCCAGUGAAAGAUUUGGUGAAGACCUAAGUGAUAACACUUGGGAGUACGUAUGUGCCAUCGAUCUGCUCUGCUGCCAUCAGAAGUGGAUUUGGACACAUGACAACAUUAUAAGUAAGGAGCUGUGGCCUGUAAUGGAUAAGUGGAUAAAAUACAGAAAAGGACAUGCAAACAUUGCAUACACUCCUGAUAUUAUCAUAGCGUCAAUACUGAGGCUCAUUGAGAUGAGGCUGAUGGGACUGGGUCACAUCUAAGCCUGUGGGCUGUUUGUACUAUUGAGAGAGAACAUGGACACAGAACAGUGAGCAUGCAGGAUAGUGUUGUCAUAAGAGCACAGGAAGAGGACUUGGGUAAGAUGGCAUCCAAGGUAUGUCCCAGAAUCCUCCUCCUGUGUAACAGCAGGGGCAAAAGGACAUGAGGCCUGGCCGUGAGGGAGGCGCAGAGGCUUCCGCUUUGAAGCAAGCUGGUUUCCACAGGACCGUUGGAAUCAAGGAGGGUCCGGAUGGGUGGGGACUAGGCGAGGGGUCUUGUCCUGUUUAGUCCCCUAGUGAGACCCCCAAAGAGGUUUUGUCACUCCAGGUUUUCUGUGUCAAUUAUUGUACUAGAAAUUAAAACUAGGAGUUUAAAAACAUGUUUACUAUUCACUUAAAAUUAAUAGUAAUAAACUAAUGUUAAUAUAAAUGAUAUUUUAAAUGAAAAAUAACUAUUUCCAAAACAAACAAAAAUAAGAGUGAGCAGAAUGGAACAUUAUCUUGCUGCAAACCUCUUCACUGUCUAGAUUCAUAGAAGAGCUGGUUUCCCAUAGCUGCUCUGCAUUCAGUCUCUGGUUGUAUGUUGUUUUGGUUGAAGCAUUUGGAGAAUGUCCAGCCUCAUACAGAUGUGUAGUUGAUUAAAGGAGUAUUUUAAUAGCCCAUUCAAGUAAUUGUGGAUAUUCUUCUUUGACACUGCAGUGGAACUCAACAAGUGAUGAUUUCUUAAAGGCUAGUUGCAGUGUGAAAUCUGAAACCUCAUCAGUGAACUUUGCUUCUCUGUUGCACCAGAGUCCCUUGGUCCACCUGACUUGUUGAAGGGAUCUUUUGCCCAUUCAUGAUUUUGUAACAUGUCCUGCUCACUUGGAAAAUACUGAUUUAUACAGAUCUUCCAAAUGUCAACAAUAUCAAGAAAACAGACAUUAAUAUCAUCACUGAUCUCAUCAGAGAAAUCUGAAGUAUUUGAAGCUGUCAAACUUAGGGUAGGUGAUGGAAGUUUUUCCAAAAUUCUAAUUUUGCUUAAGAGCUCAAAUUUUAUCAUUGACAACAAUGAUAAAUUUCCUUGCAGUGACAGGUUCACUUUACUCAUUUUUGAGAAAAUGUCUGUCUCGGUCUAAAUAGCCAUAGUUUGUCAGUGGUUCUUUCAGUGAAAAGUGGGUGGAGAAAGCACCCAGUUCCCCUCCCAGCUGAAGCAUCUGCACAGGUGCUUUUCCUGGAGAGAGUCGGGGUGCCGAGGUGCCAGGGGUGUGCUUCACAUGCCCUUCCUGUCCCAUCCGCGGAAGCUCGCAGAGCCAUGUGCUUAGGGGUCUAAAUUUCAUAAGAAUCAUUGUUCCCGUUUCAUGAAGGACAUUCUGAGUGAGUUAGCUUUUCCAACUGUGAGCUCCUGCCUGGCCAUGGAGAGUGACCCCCAUGUCACUGCCCUGACUGGUGCUGAGGGUCCACUAGUUUGAUCGCCACUGCCUUUGCACUGUCAGGCCACAUCUCAGCACUGGAAGGAAAGCACAUCACUUCUUGGUGUCGUUGGCAAAGCGAAGUUUUGACCUUGAGGACCCCGGGGGUUUAGUAGAGCACACUUGGGAGCUGCUGCUCUACGUGAGAACGGAGGUUGUGUUAGACAACUACAUUGUAACAGCAAACUGUGUCUUAUAUUUAGUUCGUUAACCCAUAGAAGUUGGUCAUUUCACACUGAGCCUGCUAAAACCAUUCAUUCUGCUAAACUCCAUUUAUUAUAUGAUAACUGGGAAAGCAACACAUUGUGUAUCUGUGUAUCAUCUGUAUGUGUGAGUAACAGAAGAGAUGAUGAAUCAUUCAGUCAAAACAGCCCCCCACCCCGGGACGGAUGGUGCUGUAUUGAGUCCUGAUGCUUUACUGUUUAAUUUGUUUUCAUUUACGAAUAGGUACCCAUCUAACUUCAGUUCAGGAUCCUGAAGCUUAAUGUACAUGUUAAACGAAAGAAA